AUGAAGCUGUACACUUGCCUCGUAGCGCUAUGCCUCUCCUUAAACGGCACAUUCUCAUGGGACAAGUCAACCUUCCAGGUCAAUGGCAAGGCAUACCAGAUAGCUGGAGGCCAGAUUGACCCGCAGCGCGUUCCCCGCGCCUACUGGGCUCAAAGGCUGCAGAUGGCCAAGGCAAUGGGACUCAACACUAUCUUGUCAUACGUCUACUGGCAAGAUAUCGAGAAGUAUCCGGAUCAGUUCGACUUCACCGACAGGAAUGACCUCGCAGCAUGGUUUCAAGAAGUCGACAAGGCUGGCAUGAAAGCUAUACUUCGCCCUGGACCGUAUGUCUGCGCCGAGAGGGACUGGGGUGGUCUGCCUGGCUGGCUGGCGACAAGGUCUGGGAUGAAGAUUCGAUCGAACAACCAACCGUUCUUGGAUGCCUCGAACAAGUACUUGGCCAAAGUUGCUGCGCAGCUUCAGCCUCUGUUAAUCACCAACGGUGGGCCGAUCCUCAUGGUCCAGAUCGAGAAUGAGUACGGCUGGUUUGGGUCGGAUCAUGCCUACACGAGUAAUCUAGCCAACAUUCUAAAGACCAAUUUCCCUAAUAUGAAACUUUACACCAACGAUGCGAACAAUGCCGGCGCCCUCAAAUCGGGCCAAGUCCCCGGUGCACUCACAGUCGUCGACGGCACAGACUCUAAAGGCGGCUUCAACACGCUCAAGCAAGCCAUCACCGACCAGUCUAGCCUUGGGCCACUCAUGAACGGUGAGUACUGGGUCCGUUGGUUUGAUACUUGGAAUCCUCGUUCCGGUCACAGCACCUACGAUGGCGACACCAAUGGCAUGAACGGGCGCGCCAACGAGAUCGACUGGAUCCUCAGCAACGGGCACCACUUUAGCAUCUUCAUGUUCCACGGGGGCACGAGUUUCGAAUUCGGUAGCGGCUCGGGCGAUUCAACCCCACGUUCACCCUUCACUACCAGCUACGACUACGGCGCUGCGCUUGAUGAAACGGGUCGUCCAUCGCAAAUCUAUACCUACUUCCGCAAUGCGAUUGCAAAGCGCUUCCCCAACAUCCCCACUGUUCCUUCUACACCUCCCCUCGCUUCGGUAGCGGACUUCGCGUUGACUCCAGUGUUGGGCAUGUUCGACAGCCUUCCUACCAACCCACGCACCUCAUCGACCCCGCUGCUUAUGGAAACUACGGGUCAGGUGUUCGGAUACAUUCUCUAUGAGACGACCGCCUCGACCGCCGCCUCUGGAAAGCUCCAACCGGGUAACGGCGCUGCACGCGACCGAGUCAUUGUAUACGUAAACGGUGUGAAGAAAGGCGUUAUCGACUCCAUCUACAAGACCCCUGCCACGGUCAAUGUCGACGUCAAAAAAGGCGACAAACUCUGGCUUCUCGUGGAGAACCUCGGUCGUGCUGAUAACGGUGCUUCUGACCAAAUGAAAGGCAUCUCAGGCGAUGUCAUUGUUGGCAGCACCAAGCUCACCGGCUGGAAUCAUUACAACUUCCCACUCGACAGUGCACCUGCGAACGCAACAUCAGGAGGCUCAGCGAAGCCGGUGUCUGCCAACGGCCCGCCAAUGUGGUAUCAAGGGACCUUCCGCACCACGAACUCUGGGAUCGCUGCUGAUACCUUCCUUCAGCUUCCUGGCGGUGUCAAGGGCGUGGUAUUUGUGAACGGGGAGAACCUGGGUCGGUACUGGACGAUAGGACCGCAGCAGGAAUUGUUCGUGCCAGGAGCGUACUUGAAGCAGAAUGCGGACAAUGUGGUGGCAGUACUGGAGCUCGAGCCGGGGACGAGCAGCAGAGUCGCGAGGGGUGUGGCCAAGAGGACAUGGAAGAACAACCCGGAUCCGGACUGCAACAACUGCACAUGA